GUGUGCUGCGCUGGAGGUCUAUGUUUACGGGGCAGGCGAGGGAGUUUCCUUCACUCAGCGGACAGCUCUGAGCUCAGAGAAGGCAGCAGACAGCUCUCUCACUCUCUCUUCUCUCUCUGGUUAUUUCUGCAACUCAUCCCUCGCUGCGCUGCGACUAGCAACCUGCACACACACACACAGGCUGAUCCAGGACGAGCCGGGGGGGGGGAGGGAGCAACAGCAGCAGCACCACCACCUGCAUAACCCUCCACCACCACCCUCCCUCCAUCUAAACGGCCCAGGACCUUAUCUCUGCUGCUGUCGCUACCACCGUUGCCAUCAUGUGCGACUGUUUCCACCUGGCCUUCCCCAACUGGCACGCCGCCUCCUCGGGGACGGCUGGUCGAAGGCUGAGAGCACCAGAGCCUGGUACAGAGGACGAUUCAACAUGUGACGAGCCAUCUCAGUUCACAGAGAGAGAGAGACCGCGCCCUCAAGGAUCGUCUCCCGUCGAGGAGUAUCCUGAAACUGAAAAAUACACCGACAGUGACAAAGAGUGUGAAGCAGAGCAUGACCCACACCACAAAAGUGGGAGUGGAAAGAAAACUAAAAAGUCUGGGCUUGGAUCCAUGUUUGAAAAGCGCUCAACUCCAAAGAUGAGUAAACUGAAGGAGGUUCACAGCCCUGAGUCUGGACUGAUAGUGAAAACAGCCAAAGAUGGAUGUGCAGAGGGUCUCGUUUAUGGUGGAGGGGGGAAAGAGGGAAUAUUCAUUAAGCAAGUGGUACCAGAGUCACCUGCCUCAAAAAGUCUGAAACUAAAAGAAGGUGAUCAGAUUCUGAGCGCCACUGUAUAUUUUGACAAUGUGUCAUAUGAGGAUGCCAUUCAGAUUCUGGAGCACGCUCAGGCUUACAGAGUGAAGCUCUGCUUGAAACGCAAACCAGACAUCACAGAGACUGAAACAGCCACUGAAUCUGAUGUCAUCCCUGAGGAAGACGUCUAUGCUCCAGAAAUGAGGGAGGAAGGAAAAACCAAAAGGCGUGGUGAUGCCCGCUUUUCAUGGCCUAAGUUUCCCUCCUUUGGAAAAGGAAAGAAGUCACGCUUUGCAAGGUCUCACAGCUCCUCAGAGGCUGAUGAGCAAAGAAAGCUUGAGCUUAGCCCCACCACAAGUGACACGGAGUCACCUAUAAAAUCUCAGGAUGCUCUCAAAGGCAAGAAGAAACAUAAAAUAAAGCUCUCUCUUCUAACAAAGAGAGGCCGCAUAAGUUCAUCUGAAGACCAGGACACAGACGCACCAACAUCCGCGCAGUUGGUUUCACCUGAGUGCCUUGAAAGCCCCUCAGGAGAAACACCUCAAAUCUAUGUGACAGAAGAUCUGAAAGCAGUGGAAGACUUAAGACGUGAGCAAAAUUAUCAAAAACUGACUGAACCUCAAACUGUUCAACACAAGGUGGAACUCAUCACUAUAGAUAGCACUUUGAAAACAGAAGAUCUAACUGUGGCUCUGGCAGGUCAAGGUAGCCCCUCUGGUAUCAAGUCCCCUGAUGGGAAGAAAAAGAAGAAAGAGCGGUCUGAAUUAAAAAUGAAAAUUUUGGGAAAGGAUAAAUCGCACAAGAAAGAUGCAAAAGCAAAAUCGUCACCAAAAAGGCUGAAAACUCUGGGGGCAAGUAUUGAAAUAGCAGACCAACCUGGAAAUGAAAGAUCAGAUGUCAUCCCAAGUUCUAAGUCACAAACAAAACUGCAGGGGGAUCAACCUGCACUUAAUGCCAAUACCCAAAUAAUCAGCAGUGAGAGUUCAAGGGUAAUCUCAGCCAAAUCAGGGACAACCCAGAUGGAAAUGAGUGUACCAAAGGUGGAACUUGAAAUAUCUGAUGUUGCAUUGAUACGGAAAUCUCCACAGAAGGGUGAAGAAAAAACAAAGAAAGGCAAGGAUGUUAAACAAAAACAAGAAACAAAGACAGGUCCAACAUUCAAACUGCCUAAAAUAGGCUUUAGUGACAUUGCCACUGAGGAAACAAUCCCAAAAAUGAAUGUAAAUUUUGAAGAAUAUACACCUAAAAUUGAGCAGUUUACAACUGAGGGUACAGAAGUGAAAGAAGAUCCUUAUGAGCGACUGUCAAAAAGCAGUCUUUCCAAAACAGAGCUUCCCAAACGUGAAGACAUUGUGAUUCCAGGUAUGGAGGACAUGUCUAUGAGGACCACAGCCAAAGGAAUUAAAGAACCUAAAGCUGUUUUUACAGGACAUUAUGAAGACAUUCAAGCUGAAACUGUACAACUGUCAUUUGAUGUUGACAGUGUGAAAGAGGCGGUUUCAAAAUUGCCUGGAUUCAAGCUGCCUAAGGUUGACACGAGUGGAGUGCCUAUUCCUGAAGAAAUUACUGUAAUAGACGCAAAUGCACAAAGAAUAUCAGUGAAAACACCCACUAAAACAAAACAUGAUGCACACUUCAGUAAGUCUGACAUGGCUGCCUCUCCAGAAAUCUCCAAGACAACAGUCAAACUACCAAAGAUCACAUCUGCUGAUUUAACCUCAGAGGAGCUUUUAAUGGAGAGCAAAGUAGAUUUAAAAAAAACUGAAAAGGAAUACAAAACUGAGCCAAAACAAAGCGACAAAGAACAUAUUAUAAUACCUGGAAAAGAAAGUGAACAAGUAGCUGGCAUUUUUCAGACACAAGAAAAACAAGGCACAGGGGGCAUUAAAUCUGAAUAUGAAUCUGCAGCUACACUCAAAUCAAAGAAGGCAAAGAUAACAAUGACAAGCUUUGGGAUUGCAAAACCAGACAUAAGAAUCCCUGACAUUGGAAUUGCCUUGCCAAAACAAAAGCAAAAAGGUGACAAUGAAAAGGGAGAAAGGACUAUAUUUCUCCAAGAUGAAGAAAUGUCAAAGACUGAAACAAGGAACAAGAUUGGAGAAGUCAUAUCAGAUGUCAAAAUACCAGAAAUUGAAAGCAUUGAAUACAUUGAUUCAGUAGAUCGUUCACCAGACAAAAAGGAUGGUGGCGUUGGUUUGACAGGUUUUGGUGUUAAUCUUGAUGCUGCGAGCCCAAAGUCUGACAUCUCCUUUCCAGAGAUCAGAGGUGAAGUACAAUUUGUUGAAUACAAAGUGCACACAUUCAAACUGCCCGAAUUUGGAGCAGUGACUGAGAACAUCAGUAUAAAUGUGCCUGAUGCAGAAAAGAAUAUAAAGAUUGAUGGGGCAGAUAUACGAGAGGGAAAAGGUGGCAAGUUUAAAAUGCCAAAUCUCAGCAUCUCUAUGCCAAGGGUUAAAGGACCUGAAAUUGAUUUAAGCCUAUCAGAAAAAGAUGUAGCUCUCACACUACCAGAAGAAAAAGCUGAGGUUGAACUCCCAGACAUUCCUGAGGUUGAGGUUACUCUUGGAAAUGUAGAUGUUUCUAUUCCAGAGAAAAAGAUGGAGGUCAAAAAGCCUGAACUGGAUGUCAAACCUUGGCAGGCUGAAGAUGAACUUGACGGACAAGGAAGCAAGUUCAAGAAACCCAAGUUUGGAAUUAAAAUGGCCAAAUUAAAAGGACCUGAAUUUGAUUUAAGCUUAUCAAAGAAAGAUGUAGAUGUCAGACUACCAGAGGUUAAAUCUGAAGUCAAACUCCCAGAAGCCCCUAAAAUUGAUGUCAGUCUUGGAAAAGCAGAAGUUUUGAUUCCAGAGGCAAAGAUGGAAGUUAAAAAACCUGAAGUGAAAAUCAAACCUUUGCACACUGACGUUGAACUUGAAGGACAUGGAGACAAGUUCCAAAUGCCAAAGUUUGGAAUCACAAUGCCAAAAAUAAAAGGACCUAAAUUUGAUUUGAGCUUAUCAAAGAAAGGUGUAGAUGUCACACUACCAGAGGCUAAAGAUGAAGUCAAACUCCCAGAAACCCCAGAGACUGAUGUGACUCUUGGAAAGAUAAAUGUUUCCAUUCCAAAGCAAAAGAUGGAAGUUGAAAAACCUGAAUUGGAAAUCAAACCUCUGAGGACUGAAGGGGAACUUGAUGGACAAGGAGGCAAGUUUAAAAUGCCAAAACUUGGUGUAAAAAUGCCAAAAAUGAAAGCGCCUGAAUUUGAUUUAAGCUUACCAAAGAAAGAUGUAGAUGUCCCAUUGCCUGAAGCUAAAGCAGAGGUCAAACAUACAGAACAUGGAAUUAAAAUAGAGGUCAAAGCUCCCGAGAUUGCAGUUUACCAACAGGAUGUUGAAGGAUCAUCAUCAAAAUUUAAGAUGCCGACAUUUAAACUACCAGCAUUUGGAGUCGGUACUCCAAACAUCUCUGUGGAAGCACAUGAUAUGGACAAAGACGUCAAAAUUGAUGUAGCUGACAUUAAUAAGCAUGUGGUUAAUAUUGAAGCACCCAGCAUUGACGUUAAGGGCCCUUCAACCGAUAUGAAGGCAAUAGGAACUGAUCAUGAGGGACAAGGAAGCAAGUUUAAAAUGCCACAUCUCGGAUUCUCUAUGCCUAAAGUCAAAGGACCUCAACUUAAUAUAAGUUCAUCAAGGAAAGAUGUAGAUGUCACAAUACCAGAGGCCGGUGCUGAAGUCAAACUCCCAGAAACCCCUAAAAUUGAUGCCAGUCUUGGAAAAGCAGAAGUUUUGAUUCAAGAGGCAAAGAUGGAAGUUAAAAAACCUGAAGUGAAAUUCAAGAGAUUGCAGACUGAUGUUGAACUUGAAGGACAAGGAGACACAUUUCAAAUGCCAAAGUUUGGAAUCACAAUGCCAAAGGUAAAAGGACCUGAAAUUCACUUUAGCUUAUCAAAGAAAGAUGUAGAUGCGACACUACCAGAAGCCAAAGCUGAAGUAAAAGUUCCUGAUACUCCUAAAAUUGAAGUCAGUCUUAGAAAAGCAGAUGUAUCGCUUCCAAAGGAAAAAAUGGAAGUUCAAAGGGCUAAAUUAGAAAUGAAACCUCUGCAAAGUGAAGUUGAAAUUGAUGGGCAAGGAAGCAAGUUUAAAAUGCCCAAGUUGGGAAAGUCGAUGCCAAAAGUUAAAGGACCUGAAAUUCACUUUGGCUUAUCAAAGAUAGAGGGAGAUGUGACACUGCCAGAAGCCAAAGCUGAAGUAAAAGUUCCUGAAGUUGAACUGAAAGAACCCUCUGCUAAUGUGCAAAUUAAAGCUCCUGAAAUAAAAGUUACAGAAAAAGAUACAGAAGGAUCACCAUCGAAAUUUAAGAUGCCGACAUUCAAACUACCUAAAUUUGGAGUUGGUACUUCAGAUAUUUCUGUAGAAGUAUCUGAUAUGGACAAAGAUGUCAAAACCGAUGGAGCUGAUAUUAAAAUUCCUGAAGAGGUUCUUGCAGUUGACAUUGCAGCACCCAGCAUUGACAUUGAAGGCCCAUCAAUAGAUAUCAAAGCUACAGGAACUGAACACGAAGGAAAGAGAAGCAAGUUCAAACUGCCAAGUCUCGGUUUUUCUGGACCUCAAAUCAAACGGCCUGACAUUGAUUUAAGCCUAUCAAAGAAAGAUGUAGAUGGGACUUUACCAGAAGCCAAAGCUGAUGUCAAACUCCCUAACGUUCACACUGAAGCACCCAGCAUUGACAUUGAGGGCCUAUCAAUAGAUAUGAAAACUACAGGAAUUGAAGAGGAUGGGAAAGGAAGCUUUAAAAUGCCACAUCUUAGUUUCUCCAUGCCAAAAAUGAAGGGACCUAAAAUGGAUUUAAGCCUUUCAAACAAAGACGUAGAUGUCAAAUUACCAGAGACAAAACCUGAUGUCAAACUUCCAGAGGUUGAUCUUGGAAAAGUGGAUGUUUCAAUUCCAGAGGCUAAGAUGGAGGUUAAAAAACCUGAAGUGGAAAUGCAGUUGAUGCAGACUAAAGGUGAGCUUGAUGGAAAAGGAGAAAAGUUCAAAAUGCCAAAGUUUGGAAUCAAAAUGCCAAAAUUAAAAGAGCCAGAAUUUGACAUGAGCUUAUCAAAGAGAGAUGUUGAUAUCCCACUACCACAGACAAAGGUUGAGGUCAAACACCCAGAUGCCCCUAAAAUUGAUGUCAGUCUUGGAAAAGCAGAAGUUUUGAUUUCAGAGGCAAAGGCCAAAGUUAAAAAAGGUGAGCUGGUAAUUAAACCUUUGCAGACUGAAGUUGAAGGACAAAGAAGCGAGUUCAAAAUGCCAACGUUUGGAAUGUCCAUGCCAAAGGUAAAAGGACCUGCAUUUCAUCUUGGCUUAUCAAAGAAAGAUGUAGAUAUCGCACUACCAGAAGCCCAAGCAAAUGUCAACCUCCCUGAUGUUGAACUAAAACAACCUUCUGCCGAAGUAGAAAUUAAAGCUCCUGUGAUUGAGGUUUUAGCUAAAGAUACAGAAGGAUCACCUUCAAAAUUCAAAAAACCAAAUUUCAGUUUCUCUAUGCCUAAAGUAAAAGGGCCUGAUGUAGAUGUAAGCUUAUCAAAGAAAGACACAGAUAUCACACUACCAGGGACUAAAGCUGAGAUCAAACUCCCAGAGGCCCCUAAAAUUGAUGCCAGUCUUGGAAAAGCAGAGGUUUUGAUUCAAGAGGAAAGGGUGGAGGUUAAAAAACCUGAAGUUGAAAUCAAACCUUUGCAGACUGGCAUUGACACUGAAGGACAUGGAGGCAAGUUUCAAAUGCCAAAGUUUGGAAUCAAAAUGCCAAAAGUAAAAGGACCUGAAAUUGAUUUAAGCUUCCCCAAGAAAGAUGUAGAUGUAACACUACCAGAGGCUAAAGCUGAGGUUGAACUCCCAGAAGCUUCUAAAAUUGCUGUGGAUAUGAAACCAUCAGAGUGUGAAGCAGAAAUUGAUGGGCAAGGAGGCAAGUUCAAAAUGCCAAAGUUUGGAAUCUCAAUGCCAAAAGUGAAAGGACCUGAAAUUGAUUUCAGCUUAUCAAAGAAAGAUGUAGACUUCACACUCCCAGAGGCCAAAGCUGAAGUCAAUCUCCCUGAUGUUGAACUCAAAGAACCUUCUGCUAAAGUGGAAAUUAAAGCUCCUGAGAUUGAAGCUCAAUUAAGCAGUGUAAAAGGAUCACCAUCAAAAUUUAAAUUGCCAACAUUCAAAUUCCCUAAAUUUGGAGCUGCCACUCCAAAUGUCAGCGCUAAACUACCUGAUAUAGACACAGAAAUCAAAAUUGAUGGAGCUGAAAUGCACAUAUCUGUGCCACACACAGAUGUUGAUGUACCAGAAGUUAAAGCAGAGGUCCAUCUGCCAGAGGUUGAAGUCAAAAAGCCGUCAGGCAGUGUUGUGAUAGAGCAACAGCCAGGUAUUGAGGUUGAUGCCAAACUGAAAAAGCCAAGGUUUUCACUGCCCAGAUUUUCUUUUUCAAAACCAAGUGUUAAGUCCCCAGAAGUUGAUGCCAGUCUUCAGGAUGCAAAAGUUGCAAUUCCAGAGGGAAAGGUGGACGUGAAUGUUUUCAUUCCAGAGGCUAAGGCCAAAGUUGAAGAAGCUGAGCUGGAGGUUAAACCUUUGCAGACAGAAGUUAAAGGACAAGGAAGCGAGUUCAAAAUGCCAAAGUUUGGAAUGUCCAUGCCAAAGGUAAAAGGACCUGAAUUUCAUCUUGGCUUAUCAAAGAAAGAUAUAGAUGUCAGAAUACCAGAAGCAAAAGCAGAUGUCAACCUCCCUGAUGUUGAACUAAAACAACCUUCUGCCGAAGUAGAAAUUAAAGCUCCUGUGAUUGAGGUUUUAGCUAAAGAUACAGAAGGAUCACCUUCAAAAUUCAAAAUGCCAAAUUUCAAUUUCUCUAUGCCUAAAGUAAAAGGGCCUGAUGUAGAUGUAAGUUUAUCAAAGAAAGACACAGAUAUCACACUACCAGGGACUAAAGCUGAGAUCAAACUCCCAGAGGCCCCUAAAAUUGAUGCCAGUCUUGGAAAAGCAGAGGUUUUGAUUCAAGAGGAAAGGGUGGAGGUUAAAAAACCUGAAGUUGAAAUCAAACCUUUGCCCACUGACGUUGAACUUGAAGGACACAGAGGCAAGUUUCAAAUGCCAAAGUUUGGAAUCAAAAUGCCAAAAGUAAAAGGACCUGAAAUUGAUUUAAGCUUCCCCAAGAAAGAUGUAGAUGUAACACUACCAGAGGCUAAAGCUGAGGUUGAACUCCCAGAAGCUUCUAAAAUUGCUGUGGAUAUGAAACCAUCAGAGUGUGAAGCAGAAAUUGAUGGGCAAGGAGGCAAGUUCAAAAUGCCAAAGUUUGGAAUCUCAAUGCCAAAAGUGAAAGGACCUGAAAUUGAUUUCAGCUUAUCAAAGAAAGAUGUAGACUUCACACUCCCAGAGGCCAAAGCUGAAGUCAAUCUCCCUGAUGUUGAACUCAAAGAACCUUCUGCUAAAGUGGAAAUUAAAGCUCCUGAGAUUGAAGCUCAAUUAAGCAGUGUAAAAGGAUCACCAUCAAAAUUUCAAUUGCCAACAUUCAAAUUUCCCAAAUUUGGAGCUGCUACUCCAAAUGUCAGCACUGAACUACCUGAUAUAGACACAGAAAUCAAAAUUGAUGGAGCUGAAAUGCUCAUAUCUGUGCCACACACAGAUGUUGAUGUACCAGAAGUUAAAGCAGAGGUCCAUCUGCCAGAGGUUGAAGUCAAAAAGCCGUCAGGCAGUGUUGUGAUAGAGCAACAGCCAGGUAUUGAGGUUGAUGCCAAACUGAAAAAGCCAAGGUUUUCACUGCCCAGAUUUUCUUUUUCAAAACCAAGUGUUAAGUCCCCAGAAGUUGAUGCCAGUCUUCAGGAUGCAAAAGUUGCAAUUCCAGAGGGAAAGGUGGACGUGAAAGGAGGGGAAGUGGAUAUGAAACCACCAGAGUAUGAAGCAGAAGUUGACGGGCAAGGAAGUAGGUUCAAAAUGCCAAAGUUUGGCAUCUCAAUGCCAAAGAUUAAAGGGCCUGAAAUUGAUUUGAGCUUAUCAAAGAAAGAUGUAAAUGUCACACUCCCAGAAACCCAUGCUGAAAUUCAACUUCCAGAUGUCAAAAUAAAACAACCAUCUGCUACAGUGGAAAUUAAAGCUCCUGGGAUUGAAGCUCAAACGGGUAAUGUUGAAGGAUCACCGUCAAAACUUAAAAUGCCAACAUUCACAUUACCUAAAUUUGGAGCUGCUACUCCAAAGGUCAGUGUGGAAGUACCUGAUGUGGACAAAGACAUUAAAAUUGAUGGAGCUACAGUGGAUGUCACUGCACCCAGCAUUGACACUGAAGGCCUAUCUGUAGAUGUGAAAGUUAAAGGAAGUGAACUUGAAGGAUCAGGAAGCAAGUUUAAAAUGCCAAGUCUCGGUUUUUCUGGGCCUCAAAUCAAACGGUCUGACAUUAAUCUAAGCUUAUCAAAGAAAGAUGUAGAUGUGACACUGCCAGAAGCCAAAGCUGAAGUCAAACUCCCUGAUCUUGAACUAAAAGAAUCAUCUGCCAAAGUGGAAAUCAAAGCUCCUGAGAUCAAGACUGCGACAAAAGUUACAGAAGGGUCACCAUCAAAAUAUAAGAUGCCGACAUUUAAAUUACCAAAAUUUGGAGUUGGUACUCCAAGUGCCACUGUAGAGGUGCCCGACAGAGACGUCAAAAUUGAUGGAGAUGACAUUAAAAUUCCUGAAGAGGUUCUUGCAGUUCACAUUGCAGCACCCAGCAUUGACACUGAAGGCCCAUCAAUAGAUAUUAAAACUACAGGAACUGAAAAUGAAGGAAAAGGAAGCAAGUUUAAACUUCCAAGUCUUGGUUUUUCUGGGCCUCAAAUCAAACGGCCUGACACUGAUUUAGGCUUAUCAAAGAUAGAUGUAGAUGUGAAUCUACCAGAAGCCAAAGCUGGAGUCAAACUCCCUCAUGUUGAACUAAAAGAAUCUUCUGCCAAAGUAGAAAUCAAAGCUCCUGGAAUUGAUGUUCAGACAAGUAAUGUUGAAGGAUCACCAUCCAAAUUAAAAAUGCCAACAUUAACAUUACCCAAAGAGUCAGAUGGUUCAAUUUCAGUCUCACAGGCACCAAUGAUAGAGGGUGAUGGCAAAUUGAGAAAGACAAGCUGGACAUUGCCAAGAUUUUCAUUUUCAAAAACAAAUGUUAAAGCCCCUGAGGCUGAUGUCAACCUUGAUGUCCCAAAAGUAGACAUUGCAUCACUAGAGGCCAAAACAGACGUACAACUUCCAGAUAUUGAUACCAAAGAAUCCUCAGGUACUUCCAUAGAGGGGGCACCCGCUACAGACCUUGAUGCCAAAUUGAAAAAGCCAAGGUUUUCAUUACCCAAAUUUUCAUUUUCAAAGCAAAGUUCAAAAGAGUCUAAAGAUGAUGUCAGUCUCCCAGAUGAUGUUUCUCUUCCAGAAGGAAAUGUGGAAGUCAAACAACCUGAAGUGGAGCUUAAGCCACCAGAAGGUGAUGUAGAAUUAGAGGGGCAGGAAAGCAAGUUUAAAAUGCCAAUGUUUGGCUUCUCAAUGCCCAAAGUAAAAGGGCCUGAAAUCGAUUUGAGCUUAUCAAAGAAAGAUGUAGAUGUCACACUCCCAAAAGCCAAAGCUGAAGUCCAACUUCCGGAUGUCAAAAUAAAACAACCAUCUGCUACAGUGGAAAUUAAAGCUCCUGGGAUUGAAGCUCAAACAGGUAAUGUUGAAGGAUCACCAUCAAAACUUAAAAUGCCAACAUUCACAUUACCCAAGUUUGGAGCUGCUACUCCAAAGGUCAGUGUGGAAGUACCUGAUGUGGACAGAGACAUUAAAAUUGAAGGAGCUACAGUGGACGUCACUGCACCCAGGAUUGACACUGAAGGCCUAUCUGUAGAUGUGAAAGCUAAAGGAAGUGAAAUUGAAGGAUCAGGAAGCAAGUUUAAAAUGCCAAAGUUUGGCAUCUCCAUGCCAAAAGUAAAAGGGCCUGAAAUUGAUUUGAGCUUAUCCAAGAAAGAUGUAGAUGUCACACUCCCAGAAGCCAAAGCUCAAGUUCAACUUCCAGAUGUCAAAAUAAAACAACCUACAGUGGAAAUUAAAGCGCCUGGGAUUGAAGCUCAAACGGGUAAUGUUGAAGGAUCACCAUCAAAACUUAAAAUGCCAACAUUCACAUUACCCAAAUUUGGAGCUGCUACUCCAAAGGUCAGUGUGGAAGUACCUGAUGUGGACAAAGACAUUAAAAUUGAAGGAGCUACAGUGGAUGUCACUGCACCCAGCAUUGACACUGAAGGCCUAUCUGUAGAUGUGAAAGUUAAAGGAAGUGAACUUGAAGGAUCAGGAAGCAAGUUUAAAAUGCCAAGUCUCGGUUUUUCUGGGCCUCAAAUCAAACGGUCUGACAUUAAUCUAAGCUUAUCAAAGAAAGAUGUAGAUGUGACACUGCCAGAAGCCAAAGCUGAAGUCAAACUCCCUGAUCUUGAACUAAAAGAAUCAUCUGCCAAAGUGGAAAUCAAAGCUCCUGAGAUCAAGACUGCGACAAAAGUUACAGAAGGGUCACCAUCAAAAUAUAAGAUGCCGACAUUUAAAUUACCAAAAUUUGGAGUUGGUACUCCAAGUGCCACUGUAGAGGUGCCCGACAGAGACGUCAAAAUUGAUGGAGAUGACAUUAAAAUUCCUGAAGAGGUUCUUGCAGUUCACAUUGCAGCACCCAGCAUUGACACUGAAGGCCCAUCAAUAGAUAUUAAAACUACAGGAACUGAAAAUGAAGGAAAAGGAAGCAAGUUUAAACUUCCAAGUCUUGGUUUUUCUGGGCCUCAAAUCAAACGGCCUGACACUGAUUUAGGCUUAUCAAAGAUAGAUGUAGAUGUGAAUCUACCAGAAGCCAAAGCUGGAGUCAAACUCCCUCAUGUUGAACUAAAAGAAUCUUCUGCCAAAGUAGAAAUCAAAGCUCCUGGAAUUGAUGUUCAGACAAGUAAUGUUGAAGGAUCACCAUCCAAAUUAAAAAUGCCAACAUUAACAUUACCCAAAGAGUCAGAUGGUUCAAUUUCAGUCUCACAGGCACCAAUGAUAGAGGGUGAUGGCAAAUUGAGAAAGACAAGCUGGACAUUGCCAAGAUUUUCAUUUUCAAAAACAAAUGUUAAAGCCCCUGAGGCUGAUGUCAACCUUGAUGUCCCAAAAGUAGACAUUGCAUCACUAGAGGCCAAAACAGACGUACAACUUCCAGAUAUUGAUACCAAAGAAUCCUCAGGUACUUCCAUAGAGGGGGCACCCGCUACAGACCUUGAUGCCAAAUUGAAAAAGCCAAGGUUUUCAUUACCCAAAUUUUCAUUUUCAAAGCAAAGUUCAAAAGAGUCUAAAGAUGAUGUCAGUCUCCCAGAUGAUGUUUCUCUUCCAGAAGGAAAUGUGGAAGUCAAACAACCUGAAGUGGAGCUUAAGCCACCAGAAGGUGAUGUAGAAUUAGAGGGGCAGGAAAGCAAGUUUAAAAUGCCAAUGUUUGGCUUCUCAAUGCCCAAAGUAAAAGGGCCUGAAAUCGAUUUGAGCUUAUCAAAGAAAGAUGUAGAUGUCACACUCCCAAAAGCCAAAGCUGAAGUCCAACUUCCGGAUGUCAAAAUAAAACAACCGUCUGCUACAGUGGAAAUUAAAGCUCCUGGGAUUGAAGCUCAAACAGGUAAUGUUGAAGGAUCACCAUCAAAACUUAAAAUGCCAACAUUCACAUUACCCAAGUUUGGAGCUGCUACUCCAAAGGUCAGUGUGGAAGUACCUGAUGUGGACAGAGACAUUAAAAUUGAAGGAGCUACAGUGGACGUCACUGCACCCAGGAUUGACACUGAAGGCCUAUCUGUAGAUGUGAAAGCUAAAGGAAGUGAAAUUGAAGGAUCAGGAAGCAAGUUUAAAAUGCCAAAGUUUGGCAUCUCCAUGCCAAAAGUAAAAGGGCCUGAAAUCGAUUUGAGCUUAUCCAAGAAAGAUGUAGAUGUCACACUCCCAGAAGCCAAAGCUCAAGUUCAACUUCCAGAUGUCAAAAUAAAACAACCUACAGUGGAAAUUAAAGCGCCUGGGAUUGAAGCUCAAACGGGUAAUGUUGAAGGAUCACCGUCAAAACUUAAAAUGCCAACAUUCACAUUACCCAAAUUUGGAGCUGCUACUCCAAAGGUCAGUGUGGAAGUACCUGAUGUGGACAAAGACAUUAAAAUUGAUGGAGCUACAGUGGAUGUCACUGCACCCAGCAUUGACACGAAAGGCCUAUCUGUAGAUGUGAAAGCUGAAGGAAGUGAGCUUGAAGGGUCACAAAGCAAGUUUAAAAUGUCAAAGUUUGGCAUCUCAAUGCCCAAAGUUAAAGGAACUGAACUUGAUUUAAGUUUAACAAAGAAAGAUGUAGAUGUCACACUCCCAGAAGCUAAAGCUGAAAUCAAACUGCCCAAUGUUGAAGUCAAAGAAUCUGAAGGUGCCAUUUUAAUACCAGAUGCACCAACAGUUGAUGUUGAAAACAAGGUGAAACGACCAAAUUGGUCAUUUCCAAAAUUUUCAUUUUCAAGGACAGGUGGGAAAGCCCCUGAUGCUGAUGUAAACCUUGAAACACCCAAAGUUGAUGUUACAUCACCAGAGGCCAAAGCAGAAGUCCAAGGGCUUUCAGGGGCUAUUUUAACAGAAGAGCCACCUGCUGCAGAACUUGAUGAAAACUUGAAAAAAAUUAAAUUUAGAUUUUCUUUUUCAAAGUCAAGUGUUCAAGAACCUGAAGUCAGUGCUGAGCUUCCAGAUGCUGAUGUUCCUCUUCCAGAAAGAGAAGUGAUAGUGAAGCAACCUGAACUUAAAAUGAAAGCUCCUGAGCUUGAAGCUGAACAUGAUGUACACGAAAGCAAGUUUAAAUUGCCAAAGUUCGCACUACCAAAAGCAAAAGGACCUGAAAAAGACUUAAAUGCAUCACAGAAAGAUGUAGGCAUCACACUGCCAGAAGUUAAAGCAGAGGUCAAACUCCCUGAAAUUGAAGUCAAAGAAUCUUCAGCUAGUGUGGAAAUGAAAGUUUCUGAGACUGAAGCUAAGUCAAAAGGUGUUGGAGGGUCACCAUUGAAAUUUAAAAUGCCAACAUUGAAAAUGCCCAAAUUUGGAGUUGCAACCUAUGAUGUCACAGUAGGAGCACCCGAUGCAGACAAAGUUGCUGAAACAGAUGGAGCUAAACUAAAGGAGGAUGUUAUUGUCAAUAUCAAAGGUCCAAGUGUUGACAUUAAAACGGACGUGUCUAAAGAAGCAAUAACAGGUUCUGAAACGCCAAAGACUGAGACUGACAGUGUGGAUAUUGGGUCUCCAAGUAAAUUCAAACUACCUUCAUUCAAAAUGCCAAAGCUGAGUUUCUCAAGACCCAACCCUGAAGAUGAACAUGUCCCUGUUGACACAGAAUGCAAAGAUCAGGUGGAAAUGGAAGUAGAGCCAAAAGGAGAGAGUAAAUCAGCAAAAGUGACUUUGAUAUCAUUUGGUGAGCUCCUCAAGAAUAUUGAUGUUGAAUUUGAUGUUCCAAAAACAGAAGAAAAUCUUGAAACCUCAAAGGAAGUUCAUGAAACAGAUAAAACCAGUGGAAAGCAUUUAGAGGGAAAAGAAAAGGAAACAAAGCAAAAUACUACCAAAAGUCCUGAGAGGACAGGUUGGUUUAAAUUCCCCAAGUUUGGACUGUCCUCCCCAUCAGAACCUGCCAAAAUUUCUGAAAAAGACACACAUAAGGAUGAAAAGACCCCAGUAGGGGGAACAGCUGAGGAAAUAAGCCCCACCUUUUCAGUCCAGUCAUCAGAUGCCUUUGCUGAUAUUAGCUCUGCGAUGACAAGUGAGCAUGUUGGCCUGUCCUUAUCUUCUCCAACCAAGGUAACUGUCAAAUACUCUGAACCUAAUGCUGCUACAGGGCUUGGAGAGAUGCACAGUAACAUUAUUACUUCCACCACAAGAACUGAGCUCAUCUCGGUUGAGCCCAACUUGCCUGAGAAAAUCACCAUUCUGUCAUCUGGAGUUUCAUCUUCAUCAGAAGACACGCUCAGACUGGAAUCAGGAAAAAUACAUGUCAUUACAUCAAAUAUACAAGCCACCCCAGAGGCACAGCGUGCCAAGCUACUAACCGCUGUCCAAAUCCAAUCAGCUGAAGGCAUUCCUCUAGAAUCAGAGGCUAACGAAGCUGCAUCGUGGACUGUCGAGGAUUCACAAAGCAGCAAGAAAACGGUCUCCGAGAGGCAUUUAGUUAGGGAAACAUCAACUGAAAGAAGUGAAAGCAAAGAAACAAUUGUAAUAACAAAACAAAUCACAAGUAUGUUUGACUCUUCUGAGCCCAUCUUAAGUGAGACAGCUUCAUCCAUUCAACGACUGAAAGAGUCUGUGCAUUCUGAGAAAAUGAGGUUCUUUGAUGGAGCCGACAAGUGAAAUAACUUGAUGUGAAUUAUGUCUAAGAUUACAACUCCUUAUUAUCCAGCCUUAGUGGCUGGUGGGUUUCUGAAUAGCACUGUGACAGAGAGGUGAGACAGAAAACAGGUUGGCAACUAGAAAAGAUUGUUUGCAAGUUUAACUUACCAAUCACAGGAAACAAUCAGUUAGUGUUCAGGUGUUAACUUCAAUCUCUGGUUGCAUGUUGUUGACCUAUGAAGAGAUGGAUUAAUGUAGGCUAGUUCACUGACAAUGUGAUUCACUUGGUAAUACACUGUGUAACUCUGUGCCCUUACUGCAAAUCCUGACAGGACUUCACCAAAUAUCCUUGCUUAUUGUGGUACAGAACUAAAGUAAGCCAUGUAUUUUGCUUAUCAAAACUUAUAUUUCUUGUUUCAUAGUUUUUAAUGUACAACAGUGAUCCAACUUACUUGUGUUCUUAUUUAUCGGAUGAUAAUCAGAAGUGCAUUUGAUUUUAAAUCAAUCAAUGCUGUAUUUGAACAAGACU